GUCCUCCGCAUGAGUAGAUGGCGCUGAGUGGCCGAGUGGCUGUUUUUAAAGAGCGUACUGUGAUCAUACGAGGACAAGGGCCAGCAGUUCGCAGCAGAUAAGCUCCCGUGUGCAGACACGGCUCCAGGCCAAAUGGCCGCCUCAUCUUCAUCCUCCUCAGCAGGAGGUGUGAGCGGCAGCUCCGUCACUGGAUCCGGCUUCAGCGCCUCAGAGCUCAUUCCUCCGAGAAAAGUCCUCUACACGUACCCCAAAGGAGCCGGAGAGAUGAUGGAAGAUGGCUCAGACAGAUUUCUGUGUGAAUCAGUAUUCAGUUACCAAGUGGCAUCAACUCUAAAACAAGUGAAGCAUGAUCAGCAAGUAUCUCGUAUGGAGAAACUGGCCAGCCUGGUGGAGGAGUUAGAGGCAGACGAGUGGAAGUAUAAACCUAUUGAACAGUUACUUGGCUUCACUACUUCAUAACUAAAUGCAUGUCAAAGCUUGUGUGAAUUUGUUGUAUUGUUAUUGAUUUUUUUUUUUUUUUUACAUAAGCAAAUUCAGAAAGCUUUUCAUACCUUGUUUUAUAUACUUUUUCACUUUUCAAUUGAACAUGGGUACUGUAGCUAUGCCAUGUAUAACUAUGGUCUUAAAUUACACAGGUUAAUUUUUAAUAUAGUAAAUAUAAUUAUUUGAAAUAAAGUUUUAAUCUAACUUAUAUGAUCCAAA